CACUACAUCUGGGAACAUUGUAGCCAUAUGGACGUCACCAACAGGUUUGGACAGCGGCUGUGGGCAGCCAGGUCGGUUUUCAUUCGCAGAUACUGCCAAGUAAAUUUUUUACCCUUCGGCUGAGAUAAGAAAUGGAGAGCAUACUGUUGAAGCUGUGCGUGCCCGAUAACAGCACCAUACAACAGGCCACCGCUGAGCUUAGAAAAGCUCUUAGGAACCCGGACAAUAUAUCAGCUUUGUGCCAACUCAUAGUAACUUCGACAAACCCACAGGUAAGGCAGUAUGCAGCUGUCCUCCUUAGGAAACGUUAUAACAAAGAAAAGUACUGGACAAGUUUACCUGAGAAUAUACGUACCGAAUUUAAAGCACUUAUUUUACAGGCCUUAGUAAACGAGCAACAGAAAAAUGUUAGAAAUGCUAUAGCUCAGUUGAUAGGUAUCAUCGUUAAGCAUGAAUUACCUACAAACACCUGGCCAGAGAUUUUACAGUUCAUACAACAAUUGAUUACUAGUGAAGAUUUGACAAAUAAGGAACUAGGUAUUUAUACUUUAUCCAUUAUGACAGAAGUCACACCAGAUACUUAUGUUACGCAUGUCAAAACUCUGGCGGUACUUCUCGCUCGAACAUUGCACAGUCUUCAGGAAAAUUUAGGAAAUUUAGUUUCUUAUUACAUUUUGAAAACAAUGAAAAAUCUUAUUCCUUUGGCUGAACAUGACGAAGUGCUGAUGAAUACUUACAAUCAAAUGAUGCCGCUGGUAAUAGCCACGAUUCAGGCUUUCACUACGUCUGACGUAAAACGAGCCACCGAAUGUUUCGAGUUGCUAGAUGAAUUGUGCGAGAAUCUGAAUGCUGUGAUAGCGCCUCAUGUCAAAUCUCUUGUCAGUAUGUGCCUUGCAAUUGCUACUAACAAAUCUUUAGACGAUUCCCUUAGAGUUAAAGCGGUUGGUUUUAUCGGCUGGUUAGCAAGAACGAAGAAAAAAGCACUUGUAAACCACAAGCUAGUAGAACCUAUCGUUGACAUGUUAUUCGUACUCAUGACCACGCGACCAGAUAAUGACGGUGACGACGAUUAUAUGAACGGAGAAAACGACAAUAAUACACCAAUAACGGCUGCUACUCAAACUUUAGACUUGCUCGCGUUACAUCUGCCGCCAGAGAAAUUGAUCCCACACAUGUUGCGAUAUAUCGAGCCCGGAUUACAAGGCACGGACAUAUACGGGAAGAAAGCUGCGUAUGUGGCUAUAGCUGUACUAGCGGAAGGUUGUUGCGAGUACAUCCGCUCAAAGUAUCUAGAGUCCUUCCUGCGAUGCAUCUGUCAAGGAAUCACGCAUCCCUCGCCUGUGGUACGCAAUGCUGCUCUGUUCGCCUUAGGACAGUUUUCCGAACACCUGCAGCCGGAAAUCUCGCAAUAUUCUUCCGAGUUACUGCCCGUGUUGUUCGAGUAUCUCGGUCAAGUAUGCGCCCACAUCAAGCAAGAAAAGAAAGAGCCGCCUUCGGUCAGCCGUAUGUUUUAUGCUCUUGAGAUGUUCUGUGAAAAUCUAAACGAUAGCCUGCUACCAUACUUACCGACACUGAUGGAGAGGCUGUUUGAGAUCUUGAGCGCGGACACACCAGUGCACGUGAGAGAACUUGCUUUGAGUGCCAUCAGUUCCGCUGCCUGUGCCAGUAAGGAGCACAUGUUGCCGUAUUUUGAGAGAAUCGUCACUGUACUCAACAGUUAUCUCACCGAGAACGUAACGGACAUGUGUCUUCAAAUUCAAGCUGUUGAUACCCUCGCAGCAAUCGCUAAAACAAUAGGUGAGCAGCACUUUGCACCAUUGACAACUAGAUCUCUGAAUUUUGGAAUGAAACUGUUAAAAGAGACGGAUGAUCCGGAUUUACGGAAAUCCAUCUAUGGCCUAUUCGCCUCUAUCAGCACAGUAAUGAAGAAGGAGAUGGCCAUAGCUUUACCCGAGAUCGUCGAGUACAUGAUAAUGAGCAUACGGAGCUCGGACGGAUUUGUCACAUAUGUUAAGGACGACGAGGCUACAGCUUUCCCGGUCUAUGAAGAUGUCAGUGAGGAGGAGAACGAAGAGGAGGACAUCGAGAACACUGACAACGAGGAGGAUUAUGACGAAGACGUUGCGGGUUACAGCGUCGAAAAUGCCUAUAUCGAGGAGAAAGAAGAAGCUGUAUUGGCUCUGAAGGAAAUUGCCCAAUAUACAGAAGAGGCGUUCAUGCCGUAUCUCGGGAAGUCCUUUGAAGAAACUUUCAAAUUGACCGCUUAUCCUCUGGAGGAUAUACGUAAAGCGAGUGUGGAGGCUCUAGUACAGUUCUGCAUAAAUUUUUCGAAAAUCGAAACCAAUGAAGGCAGAGAGGCGUUAUUGAAGGCUCUUUCCAUGUUGGUCUCGCGUCUGGCAGAACUGGUGAGAUUGGAUGAAGAGGCUACAGUUGCGAUUAGCGCCUUGGAUGCUUACACGGAACUUUUGAAGACGGUGAAAUCGGAUGUUCUCGUAGAAGCGGGUCACAAGGAUGCUAUAAUGAAUUGCGUGUUGGCUGUGAUGAGUGGCGUGACAGAAUGUCAAGAUCAAGAGGAAGGUGAGGCUAUCGAGACCGAGGCCGAACAGGAUGAACUGUUGAUAGAAUGCGCGGGAGAAGUAUUAGUCAACCUUGCAAAUGUGAUCGUACCGGAAGACUUCAUGUUGUACUUCAACAGCGUGUUGCCGUUGCUUCUGGCAAGACUGGAAAAGAGCAAAUCCGAGGAGCAAAGGUCUUUUGCUGCUGGCACUAUUUCGGAUUGCUGUUCGGGGCUCAAGCACGUGGUAGCGUUGUUUGUCCAAGAACUACUCCCGAUUUUUCUGCGUCUGACCAAUGAUCCCAGUUCUGAAGUUCGCAAUAAUGUGAUCUACGGAAUCGGGGAAAUUGCUUUGAACGGAAAAGAAGCCGUUUAUUCGUAUUACCCCGCUAUACUGGAAGCUCUGUCGACCGCCAUUGCGAAAGAAUCGCAUGCGGGUACUCGCGAUAACGUCGUCGGAGCGAUCGCACGACUUAUUAUCGUGAAUUAUUCGAAUUUGCCGCUCGAACAAAUAGUCCCAAUUUUUGUCGAACAGUUACCGUUGAAAGAAGACUUUGUGGAGAAUAAAGCCGUAUUUAGGAGUAUUCUCACGCUAUACCAAGCCGGACAUGCUGUCCUGCAGCCACAUAUUCGUACGCUGUUGAGAGUCGCGAUUAGCGUACUACACGAAGAAAAAACCGGAAGUAGUGAAGCGACGAAUCUCAUCAUCGAGUUUAUCAAGUCUGCUCAGCGGGACUUUCCAAAUGAUUGGAACGCACUUUCUAGUGAGUUGCCUGCGGAAGUUGUCACCAACAUACAACGUAUAUUUUCUUAGGAUAUUGGAACGAUUGAAUAGUACCAUGGCGCUGUCUUUGUUCAUUUAAAUAUCGAUCUGCGAUAUAAUUAUGCAAUCUUUAUCCGAAGUGCAUUAGGUUUUCUUCCCGAAAUCUAUUACGACGACAAAAUCUAAGAGGAGAAUGAGCAACAACUUUCAUUCUUCAAUUCAUUUUUUCACAUCCACUCGAUAGAUCAACGCGUACUUUUUGUUUUUUAAUUUUCGAAAAUCGAAGUUCCGAAAAUAAUGAAUUUGCAGCAUUUAUAGCAUAAGAUUUUUUUAUAGAGUGGAUUUUUUAUAGAGUUCUAGUCUAUGACAAUUGUCCAAAAAGCCGAGCAAAAACUUGAGCGUUGUGGUUAGAUAACAAUUUUAUAAUCCCCGUGACACACACACACAUUGAAGCUACCUUCCUAUUUCUCGGAUUAUAAAUCUUACAUAUAUGGUAAAACAGAUGAACUCAGUAUAUUACGCUUAUUACAUUAAUCCGAUUCUAGGCUGAAUUAUAGAGCUUAUGAGUCUUCUUGUUACGGAUCUUAUGAUUAAGCUCUAAACUUUCAAUUCUAGAAUCAACGAACUCGUGUGCUGCAUCGUCGGAUACUUUAUACAUGCGCAUACAUGCAUGCAUACACACACAUACACACACACACACACAUGCUUUCUGAGAAUCGUAUAAAUAUAACAAGGAAUUGCGUAUGCAUGUGUACGUGUGUGUGUGUUGUGUGUGUAUGUGUGUGUGUGUGUGUGUGUGCAUGUGCGUAUGCUUGUGUAAGGAAGUAAUGCGAAUCUACUCACAAAAAUGGAAAUUUACGAGAUUGAUUACAUCUGAUCAGUUACGAUGUAUCAAUCCUCUGGCAGAAAGUGGAAACAGGCAUUCCGAGGGAAGUGCUGGGUAAUGCCAUUGUUACUGACGAGCGGACGUCGCGUCUUCUCUCUGUAAACGGAAAUAGUUGUCAUAGUAUAACUACAUACACAUAAAACGUAUACAUUGAGAAUAAAUGUAUUAUGUGAACAAAUAAAAGUGUUGUAUUAUA